AACCAUGUUGGAUCGACCCCUAUAACUGAUGAAAUUACUAAUAUUGUCAAAGAAGCUCAAGAAGUCUGUGAGAAGGAUUUCAGGAAAGAAAUCCUUCAACAAGAAGAAAUCAAAACCAAUAUUGCAAAUGUUAUGCAAAAACUUAUCUCAUGGAGAAACAAAAAGCUUGGUAUCAUAGAAGAAUAUGUCAAGAUGGGAGAAAGAAAGUGUAUUUUUAGUACAAACCAUGGAUCAAUGGCAAAGGAUGCCUUAAAUGUUAAUAAUAUGAAUGUUUAUCCUGGAGGUAAACAAGCUUUAAUGUGUCCAACUGUCUAUGGUCCAAAUAAAAAACCUCAAUUGAUGAUAUUUCCUCCGGAUCAUCCAGAUUAUCCAAAUCAAGCAAAG